GAGAAAGCACAGAUAUAUAGAGAGGUAGUAAGUGCUCAUACAUGAUAGGAAUGCAGACUUUGAAGAACUGAUAGUAGAAGUUCCUCUACCCCAAAUGUCAUUCUCUUUAAACCUGUUCUGCCUAGCUCUCAUCUUCACUGCUUUAGCUACGCAGAGAACAGAUGGACAGUUUGAGGAAUGGUGCAUAGCUGAUGAGCAAACACCAGAUCAGGAGUUGCAAAUUGCUCUUGAUUGGGCAUGUGGAAAGGGAGGAGCAGAUUGCAGGAUGAUACAAGAACACCAACCUUGUUACUUGCCAAAUACAGUGAAAGAUCAUGCUUCUUUUGCCUUCAAUAACUACUAUCAGAAGUUCAAGCAUAAAGGAGCAACAUGUUACUUCAGUGCUGCUGCUAUGAUAACUGAUCUUGAUCCAAGUCACAGUUCCUGCAAAUUUGAGUAUCUUCCCUAAGGCCUAAGUGAAAAAAAUUGAAGAUUUUUGCAUCAAGUUUGUUAUAUGAGUUUCUUUAACAAAAAGCCAUUCAAAAUCAGACACUAUUCAUGUUGUUUAGUAAAAUUUUGUACCUUUCCUUGAGUACUUUAUGGAAUGGAGGCCUGAAAUUUAAUAUGGGCUCCAUAUUCUCAUCCAUGUAAUUUGCUGGCCCAAUUAUAUAUGAAUCCAUGCCCUUUUGUGCUA